AUGUCAGUGACCGCUUUGCCCCCAGUUCCCCAUUACAACGCGGCACCUCCCACAAAAGCCGACCUGGACUAUGCCGAUCUCGCUACGAUCGAUCUAUCCAAGAUGGAGAGCGCGCAAGGUCGCGCCGCACUUGCAUCUCAAGUUCGGGAUGCACUACUCACCCAUGGGUUCUUCUACGUCGUCAAUCACGGGUAUCCACAAACUCAGGGGAAUCGCAUGUUUGAUAUCGCCGAUGUACCGUUUUCCUGUGUGAGUGACGAGGAGAAACGGUUAUAUUCCGACAUAGAUCAAGAGGAAACCGGUUGGUACCAGGCGUAUAAACUACGGCAAUACUGGCAUAUCGAUGCUGGAGUCCGUGACCAGCUCGAGUAUAUCAACAUUGAUCGAGACGUUCACAAGCAAGGUCAUCCUGAAGCAUUACGACCUUUUCACCCCGAGAUCGAGGAGUUUGCUCGGUUCAAUCACGCCAACGUUCUGUUUGCCGUCUUGAGGCUCAUUGCACUAAGCUUGGAGCUUCCUGAGGACGCAUUGGUCAAAAUCCAUAAUUGCAAUGGCCUUGGAGAGGCUUUUGUCAGAUUUAUCAAAUAUUAUCCCCGCUCUGCGGAGGAUGAAGAGAAAACAAACAAUGUUUGGCUCAAGGGACAUACGGAUUCUGGAAGCAUAACGAUUCUGUGGAGCCAGCCGGUUGCGGCACUACAAAUCCUCGGCAAGGAUGGCAAAUGGCGUUGGGUCAAACACGUUGAAAAUGCUCUCGUCGUAAACGCCGGCGAUGCGAUGGACUUCCUCACGGGUGGAUAUUACAAAGGGACCAUUCACCGCGUUGUCCAGCCCCCUCCAGAUCAACAACAGUACACUCGUCUCGGCGUCUUCUAUUUCACUAUGACCGAUGGCGACGUCAAGUUGGUGCCGUUGUAUGAGUCCCCUGUCUUGAAGAGGGUUGGGAUCAACCCUCGUUGUGAGGAUAGCGUCGCUCCGACGAUGUUGGAGUGGCGGAGGAGAAGAGCGAAUGGGUAUGGUCGGACCGAACUCAGACCAAGCAAAGAAAAAGGAGUCGAAGAGGAAAUCAUCAAUGGUUUAGUCAUCAAACAUUACAAUUGAAGUCAAAGGAAAAGCGUUCCAGGUGUCCAUUCUGUUCUACAUUAGCAGGAUGAUACAAAGGUCUCCUUAAAAAAUAUGAAAUGACACUGCGUGCGAUGAACCUGACAUGUUCUACAGAAAAGCAGGUGAUAUGAGUGACUGAA